CGAUAAGAAACGAGCAUGGGAGAAUAUGUGCAGAGAGAAGCCUGAUGCGGUUCGAGACCGAGAGCAUGAGAGGAACCUACAGAAAAUUGCUACUAGAGGUGUGGUGCAGUUGUUCAACGCAGUGAAGAAGCAUCAGAAGAACGUGGAUGAAAGGAUAAAGGAAGUUGGGGGUUCAGAGAGAAAAAAAUCCAGAAUUCUGUCCUCAGUGACUAAGAAGGACUUCAUUGAUGUCUUGAGAGGAGCAGACGUGGCUCACAAACCGGCCAUUAAAAAAGAGAAAGUGCAGCCUGUAGAAGUGAAAGGGGAGAAUCCGUCCUGGAGCGUGUUGAGGGAUGAUUUUAUGAUGGGCACAUCCAUGAAGGACUGGGAUAAGGAGAGCGAUGAAGAGCGUGAAGGAGAGGAAGGAGGAGAAGACAACCUUGAGCCCGAUGAAGACUGCAGCAGUGAAUCGGACUGAUCCAUCACUACUGCACAUGUGCAUCAUGUAGUGCAUACAUGCAAGUGCUCUUACAGACCCCGAGAUCUGCCCUGCACCAAGAGGCAAGACUCCGCGUUACCUGCAGUUCUCAGAGGGUGGAUCAUGUGGUACUGGGAUAGGGAGAGCCAGUAAUCUGUGAUGUUGCCCUGAUCUUGAUUUUUUUAAUGUGUCCUGGUAAAACAGGGUCUUUUUUGAGUGCAUUGAUGAGUGCUGCACAUUUUGCCAAACCUCUGUGCUCUUUUUCUGUAUAUAGUCAUUUAUAUCACAGUGUCCUUUGCUAAAUAAAUCAUUUCCUUCAUGA